AUGCUUGAUACAGCGAUCUACACACUUCUGCUCGUCACAGUCGGGGCCAGCGCGAGCUUCAGUUCGCCCAACGUUAGCAGCUCAGAGGCAAGCACCAAGACCACUCGAGCCGUCCUAGCCAGUGCAUCGCCCAGCGGCAUCCUCAAAUAUGAGCCCAGUAAGGGAGGCAACUACGCUGUAGGCGUCACGUACGCGCUCUUCAGUGCAAUCCUUUUCUUCUUCAUCUUCCGUCGCAAGGAUAGGUGGGCUCUAUGUUUGCCGAUCGGCUGUCUUUGUUCUGCCAUUGGAUUCCUUGUCCGUCCUUCCCUCGAUCCCUUCAACUUCAGCCUCGGACUCUACAUCAUUCAAAGCAUGUUUGUGGUCAUCUCCCCCGCGGCGUUUCUGGCCUUCAACUAUUUGCUGUACGGAAGGAUGAUCCUGGCAGUGGACAGAGAUUUUGGAUGCUCAGGAGCCGAGGCACAAGCGCUCGAAAGCCAGCCGCUGACCGCGACGCAGAAGAUCACGUUGCUCCACAAGGCAGGCGGACCCAAAGGGGAGAAAUCUCGAUUCUCGUUCAUCCCACCUCGUAUUGUUGGUCGUGUAUUCGUGUGGAGCGAUGUGCUGACGUUCUUGGUGCAGGUGGCAGCUGGUGGAUUGCAGGCUAGCGGGGGUAGCGACAAUACGUCUAUGGUCGAUGUGGGCGACAAGCUUUUUCUGGCUGGCGUCAUCCUUCAAGGUCUCUCGUACAUCUUGUUCACGCUGCUCUUGACUUAUGCUACUUGCCUGGUGAUCCGAGACGGAGCUCGCACACAGGCCGGCGCGCAGCAGUCGAGCAUGAUUUUUGGGCUCGAAAAGCCAGUGUUUGCGCUGGUUACCGGUCUCUACUGUUCGUCAAUCUUCAUCAUUGUCAGGUCCAUCUACCGUAUGAUCGAGUUUGCUCAAGGUUACAGUGGCUAUCUGGUGUCGCAUGAAGCGUACCUGUUCGCAUUGGAUGCUGCUCCCUUGCUGGCGGCUGUUGGCAUUUGGGUGUUGAUGUGGCCCUCGACACUUCUAGAACGGAUUUUCGAGAAGAGAUCGAGAGACGAUUUUUUUGCACUGUCCAAGACCGCUGUCUAG